AAUGCAUGGUAGGUCAGUAAACGUAAAUAUGUACAUAAAUCGAGAUUGAAUUGUAAAUGUAAAUGAUGUGCAUAUUCAUAUAAUUAAUGCUUCUAUAAGAAUAUUAAUAUAGCGUCGUACAAGUAAAUAGUGCGAUUCUUUUAAAAAAGUGUUCCAUUCAAAUGUAAUAUGUAUCGAAAUACUCACGUGAAAGGUUUCAAAUCUGUUCUAAAGUGUCAGCAAUCGUCGAAUAGCAAAACAAAAGAUAAUCAAGAACCUGUUAGCAAAAUAGCUGAAAAUUCAGAAGACAAUUAUCGCAGAAGUACCACAAGCAUUCUUAAUUUAUUCAAAAGACCAGUCACAAAAUGUAAUGAAGAAAUAUACGAAAAAAUACCUGGGGAAAGUGCACCAAUCGAACCGAAUGAAAACAAUGCGAGUAGCAUCGAAGAAAAGUCACAUACUACUACUAACGAUGGCAGAAUUAUUUACAAUGUGGUAAUUGGUAAACAAUCCAUGAGGAAACAUAAAAAAUGGGAAGAUGAUGGAACAUUGGAAGUCACAGGAAAGUUUGGCAUUCUAAAGGAUUCAGGAGGUAAUAUUAUCCGUAGGACAAUGGUUAAUCCAGAGGUUCUUGUGGAGGGAUUUAGGAUGUAUAUAGAUAGUAAAGAAAUUGAGAUUAUUGAUAGAGUAACAGGUAACCAAUCGAUACCAGAAAAAUUGGUUGCAGAAACAAUUUCAGAACCACCUGCAAAAAGAUUAAAAACUUCAAAGUCUGGCCAUUAUGUUUCCCUGACCUCUUUAAAAAAAGGACUCAAAUUAUUAACUAAUCCACUGAUAAUGCCUUCUGUAAAUACCUCUCAGAACUGGGGGGAGAAUGAUACAGCAGAAAAGGAAGAAGAAGUAUGUGUAGAUGCUUGUUUAGUAAAUGCACUUAGGCCACAUCAACGCCAGGGUAUUAUAUUCCUUUAUGAAUGCAUUAUGGGUCUGAAACUACCUAAUUACUUUGGUGCAAUUUUGGCUGAUGAAAUGGGUCUUGGUAAAACAUUACAGUGCAUUGCUAUCAUUUGGACAUUGUUAAAAAAGGGACCACAUAGGAAACCAGUCUUGAAAUAUGUAUUAAUAGUAACACCUAGUAGUCUCUGUAAUAAUUGGAGCAAGGAAUUCAAUAAUUGGUUGGGUUUCCAUAGGAUUUCUCCAUAUGUUGUAAAUGCUAAAAAUAAGCUAAAAGAUUUCAAAAAGCAAUCACGGAAUUCAGUAAUGAUAAUUAGCUAUGAUAUGCUUAUCAGAAAUCAAGAAGAACUAGAGCCGAUAGACUUUGACUUAAUUGUAUGCGACGAGGGUCACAGACUAAAAAAUAAUGAUAUUAAAGCAGCAAAGAUCUUAAAUAAUAUGGGUUGUAAAAAGAGAAUCCUUUUGAGUGGAACACCCAUACAAAAUGAUUUAAAAGAAUUUUUCGCAUUGAUUGAUUUUGUAAAUCCAGGUAUAUUAGAUAGCAAUUCUAAAUUCAAAAGUUAUUAUGAAAAUCCGAUUGUGGCAUCACAAUGUUCUCAUGCAUCUGAUAGCGUUGUAUCUCUGGGUAAAGAGAGAGCCAAUGAAUUACACGAAAAAACGAAAUUGUUUAUUUUAAGACGUACGCAGGAUACAAUUAAUAAGUAUCUACCGUCUAAACACGAGUUAGUUCUAUUUUGCCGUUUAUCGGACGAACAAAAAGAUUUGUAUACACGUGUUACGGACGCGUGGCUUGACAAAACUGGAUUUCCGACCAACGCAGUGCCCCAUUUAACAGUUAUAACAAUGUUGAAAAAAAUUUGUAAUCACCCAGAUUUGUUCUAUAACGAAAAGAAUGAUUUGCUGACGAAUGAUAUUAAAAAUGCAAAAAGAAAUGUUUCAAAGAGUACUUAUUCUGGAAAAAUAUCAGUUGUACAAACUUUAAUGAGAAAUUUAAAGAAGACUAAGGAGAAAUUAGUAUUGAUAUCAUAUUAUACGCAAACGCUUGAUUUAUUGGAAACUAUUUGCAACAAUGAAAACGUACAAUUUCUUAGAUUAGAUGGUAGUACAGCGAGCAGCUCCAGAUCAAAAAUUGUUCAGCAAUUCAAUUCAGAAAACGAUGAACGCAAGAUACUUUUAUUAAGUGCAAAAGCUGGUGGAGUUGGUUUGAAUCUUCCUGGGGCAUCUAGGCUAGUACUGUUUGAUUCAGACUGGAAUCCGGCAUCCGAUUCUCAAGCCAUGGCAAGAAUUUGGAGAGAAGGCCAAAAAAAGAAUGUUUAUAUAUUACGCUUACUAACAACAGGGACCAUUGAAGAAAAGAUUUUUCAAAGGCAAGUUAGUAAAGCAAGCUUGAGCGACACUGUUGUAGAUGUGAACAACUUUGCUUCUCCGAAAUUAUCUAUGAUCGAAUUGAAAGAUCUUUUUACAUUGGCGACAGAUACGAAUUGUUUAACGCAUGAUCUAAUCAAAUGUUCUUGUAAUGGAUACAAGGAGUCCGAGAAAUAUGAUAACGAAAACGAACGAGAACACCAGUUAUUUUUAGAAAACAAAUUAACACAACGAAAUUUGACGAUAAAUCAACUUUUGGAGUGGGAACAUUAUCAACAUCCAAUUUCAAAUAAAAUAAUGCAGGUACGCACCAUGGUUUCAAUAGUAAAUAAUACAAUAAAUCUUUCCUCAUAAUUGUUUCCUCUAUUUUUAUAGGAACUUAUGUUAUCAGAAGUAUCUAAUAAUAUAACAUACUUGUUUAAGAAUUCUAUUGUAAAUGAAGCAGAUUAAUUAUUAAACAUUGUAUAAAAAUACAUAUAAAAAUAUUUAAAAACAA